AUGCGCGAGAUGCCAGGCCAGGCCUCGAUGGACUCCCGGGACAGCGAGGGUGUCUACACCUCACAUGCUUUGACGGAUACUCCUUACCAGGCCCUCGUGUCCCGACAGUCGCUGAGCUGGAUAGAUUCUCCUCCGAAGCCGUCUUCGCUGCGGCUCGAUUUGGCGGACGGACAUGAAUCCCGCGGUAAGCUUGAUGCUGCUAGCGAGGACUCCAUUUCUCCUCUUGACCCUCGACGGUUCACCCCUACGCUGCAUGCCUCCCUGGUCUCGGAGAUAUUGUCCUUACGUCGGGACCUUGAAGGGAAGUCUAGUGCUAUAGAGUCUCUAGAGCUCAGUCUAGAGGCUUCCAGAUCAGAUGAGGAGUCCCUGAAGGAGUCUCUUGCCAUCCAUGCAAAGGAGAAUAGAACUUUGAAGAAGCAGAUACAGCUGCUUGAGGGCGGGUCCCUCAGCGCUGUCACGGAGCUCACCAAGGAGAGAGACGAUGCAUGGGAAUCCAUAGCAGAGUCGAGACGGAGGCUGGAGGAUGCUCAGAGGAAUGCUAGGCUGUAUCAAGACCAGGCUGAACGGACACAGGAACUAUGGGAUGCCGACCGUCAACGAUGGGACGAUGACAAGAGGAAGCUCGAAACCAAAGUUCAUAUAGUUGAGGGACGUCUAAAGACCGUUAUCAAUGAAAUCACAAUUUCAUCCCAGGCUGCCGACUGGAGACAUAGCGGUGCCCAUAAUCAUCUCAAUGGACAGAUGGAGGAACGAGACGUUGACAUGGUCGAUUCCACCACUCCCCGAGCCAUGGACGCAAUGAGCCUCCGAUCGAACAGCCCUGUGGCAAGACGAAGAGGCAGCAACUCUAGCGUCAGCACCUACAAUAGCUAUAACCACCUCCGCAAUUCGGUCACGGGCCUUACCAACGGUACAAGCAUGGUAAGCACUAGUCUUGCCGAUGAGUUGGCCUUUGAAGACAUCGAUGACGGAGAUCUCGAGCGGCCGGAUAGCAAUUGCAGGACUUUCUCGAGAGCUGAAACAGAACCCCGACCUAUGUCAAGCCAGUCAAUCCUUAGUGGUCAAAAGGCAAGGAAAAUCCUGGGACUUGCAUUUGAUACGUCAAGUGCUCAAAGUUCCCCAAUUAGGGACCACUUUGCAAACCCAGCUUCACCAAGAUUCAGCAACUACCGUGAGGUGCCAGAGUCCCCCUCAGUCCCCAAGUCAAGUUAUCGUGAUGUUGGGAUACAAUUCACUCCUCCUCCUUCACCACUCAGAGAUGCAACGAUGGUUAACGGAAUCCAUCGUCCAUUUACACCUCCGCUGUUGCUGGAGGCCCCUAUCACGCCCCCAGCAGCAGAUGACUUGGUGGCUGUAACAGAGAAGACCGCUCGCGUCUACGAAACGCUUGACACGGGAGUUCAGACCCACCCAGCUGUUGUGACUUCUACGGAAUGCCAAACUAUUGAAGACUUCCCCGAUACCCAACCUCAGCCAGAGGUGGUGGAUGAACAGCAAGACCAAGACGCCAUGGUAUCUUCAUCUACUCAAACCGAAGAAGAGCAGGAGCCGACGAAAGAAUUAUCGCCCGAAACCCCCGAGUUCAGUAUUCCAAUGAUUGCAAUUCACCCUCCAUUGUCCAACCCGGCCACUCCUCGAUCCAGCGUUGUCCUCCCCCCACAAACGAAGAGUGCUUGUUGCCAAACCCUUCCAGAGCCUCAAUCGGAAAUGCGUUCAUCUGGAGUCCAAACCGACGAAAUACGCGAGGUAAAGCGUCCCGCUCGCCUGCCUUUCGACCUGCUUCCAUCCGCCUUUCCGGAUCAGUCUGUGGAGCCAACCCCUGAUGGAAUGAGACCACCAGUGGUUUACCAGCCAUAUCGCCCGCCCCCCGCAAAUACUCCGACUACCACUCCUCGAUUACGAGAGGCCCCGCCUGUUGACGUGCCCAUAUCGCUAUACCCGGGUAAUAACGAUAACGGCCCACUCUCGGGAGACAUGCAAGGCGACAUCAGGCGCCCGUUCAGGUCCAGUAGCUUGUUUGCUGGAUUCGACCAUGAGAGUGACGACGACGCAUCACGUAUGCCUGUGGAGGAAGUCUUCAAUGAUGAUGAAUCAAUACUAAGCCGGCCAAUGGCAUCGUAUACUAUCAAGAUGGGGAAGCUAGUAUCAAAACCUUCGUGCUGUUCCAUCCUCGACGAGAGCCCCAUGGAAAUCCACGAAGACGAGGAAUCCACGGCUGCCCAGGCCACAGGCGAUGCAAAAUUCGCUAGCGGCAGCUUACGACGGUCCUCUGCCACGCGCGGAAAGAUAUCCACAGGGACGUCGUCCAGAAUUAGCAAGAGACAAGGCCCUUCCAGACAAAGGGCUGCCAGUGGAUCAACCGCGGCAGACUCAAGGCCAAAGAGUCCUAAUGCUUCCAACAUCAACACAACAAAUGCUGGAUCCCGUCCUCCAUUCCCUGUUCCAACCCGUUUUAGUUCCCGCAAGGUUCCUUCGUCUAUGAAUGAGGAUGCUCAAAGUCCGACUCCGAAUGGAUGUGGAUCGUCGAUAUCAGACCACAGCAUAAUGGGCCGAGAUUCCACUCUCCGAAAGAUACGGUCUGCGGCCGCUGUGUCGAGACCACACUAUCGUGACGACAACACCAACUCUCUUCGCUCUCCUACUUCCACAUUGACCUCGGCUGGUAGGGAGAGCCCGCAAUUUUCCCACCGUCUACCUCAAGCACUAGAUCCAACAUCCAUAUCCAGCAAAGCUCCGAGUUUCAGCGACUCACGCCGGCCAUCAAGAGGUGGAGAGUCGUACCAUGAGCGCAAGGCAUCUUCUGCUGUAUCGGUGUCGGUGCAGCAGACGAGUGUCGUCGAUGCCAUUGCCCAGACUAUGGUCGGAGAAUGGAUGUACAAGUACGUCCGCAGAAGAAAGUCCUUUGGAAUGACAGAGGCUCCAAAGGACAAGGAUGGAGCCGAAGGAGGGAAAACUGCAGAAGAAGCGUCGAGCAAUAUCUCCGGAAAUGGAGUUCGCCAUAAGAGAUGGGUAUGGCUUGCCCCCUAUGAACGGGCCGUUAUGUGGAGUAGCAAACAGCCAACGACUGGAACUGCUUUGUUAGGCAAGAGUGGUCGCAAAUUAAUCAUCCAAUCCGUCCUUGACGUAAAGGAUGACAACCCCUUGCCUCGUGGUGCCUCACCGCAGAAUUCAUUCAACCGUUCAAUCUUGAUAUUGACUCCGCAAAGAGCCCUGAAAUUCACUGCUCUAACCCUGGACCGCCAUUACGUCUGGUUAACUGCUCUAUCUUUCCUUAGCCACUCAUCCCUAGGCCUUGAUGACCUCGCAACAUUACCACCAGUUCCUCAGGUGGAAUCCGGUCCACGGCCACUUACCGCAGCUUUACGUCGAAACCCCAUCCGAGACUCGAUCAGGGUAGCCAAGGGGAAGACCCGACCGAUGCCCAACAAGGCUCGCACAGGAGCCCCUGCUCAAGCCACUGUGCCAGAAGAGGUGUUCCCUGAAAUGCCAGGCAGAUCAGGGAGCAAUGGGGACUGUGCAGCGCCACCUAAUGUCCCAAGAUUUGCAGUCCAUUCUAGAAAAAGAAGCAAUACCGCUCCUAAGCCCAUGUCAAACCCAUUCAGAUCUUUCUCUGGCAAUACGGCUGCUGCAUCUACUUACAGUUCCGGGUCUUCGGACUUGGUGUCACCAACUUCUGUAGCCCAUCCAGGCGUACACAGUGGACAGAGCAGCCAUCGCACGUCCGAAGCCAGUGGACAUCCUCCGCCUGGAAUGGCAAACUUCUUUGACGCUGUUGGUACCAUGAGGAUGGAGGCAUUUGUUGAUAAAAGUGACAUGCCACGACAACGUGGCUAUCGUGGGAGAAAAAAGGACCACUGGCCCCAGAGCCCUGAUCUUGAAUUCCGUGAAUCAGACGGUGGAGGAAACGAUUUCUUCCGAAAUUACAACCCAUACCGGGAAUACUAA